AAUCAGGGACUCUGAGCUAGGGGACUGUUCAAUCAGACACGCAGCUGGACCCGACGGGGCGGCUUCCGGGUUUGGCGCGGCCUUUGUCUCUCGCUUCAGCCGGAGCUCCAGGUCUCGUCUUCGCUACUCUUUGUCCUCUGCUCUUAGAGGCCCAGACUCUGUGGCUCUGUGACCGACAGGUAUUGGGAGAUCCACAGCCAAGACGCCAGGACCCCCUGGAAGCCUAGAAAUGGGACUAUUGACAUUUAUGGAUGUGGCUGUAGAAUUCUCUCUGGAGGAGUGGCAGUGCCUAGACACAGCACAGCAGAAUUUAUAUAGGAAUGUCAUGUUAGAGAACUACAGAAACCUGGUAUUCCUGGGUAUUGCUGUGUCUAAUUUAGACCUGAUCACCUGUCUGGAGCAAGGAAAAGAGCCCUGGAAUAUGAAGAGACAUGAGAUGGUAGCCAAACCCCCAGCUAUGUGUUCUCAUUUUGCCAAAGACCUUAGGCCAGAGCAGUACAUAAAAAAUUCAUUCCAACAAGUGAUACUGAGAAGAUAUGGAAAAUGUGGAUAUCAGAAUUUACAAUUAAGAAAAGGCUGUAAAAGUGUGGAUGAGCAUAAGUUGCACAAAGGAGGUCAUAAGGAACUUAACCAAUGUGUGACAACUACCCAGAGCAAAGUAGUUCAGUAUGAUAAAUAUGUGAAAGUCUUUCAUAAAUAUUCAAAGAGACAUAAGAUAAGACAUACUGGAAAAAAUCCUUUCAAAUGUAAAGAAUGUGGCAAAUCAUUUUGCAUGCUUUCACAACUAACUCAACAUGAGAUAAUUCAUACUGGAGAGAAACCCUACAAAUGUGGAGAAUGUGGCAAAGCUUUUAAAAAGUCCUCAAACCUUACUAAUCAUAAGAUAAUUCAUACUGGAGAGAAACCCUACAAAUGUGAAGAAUGUGGAAAAGCUUUUAACCAGUCCUCAACUCUUACUAGACAUAAGAUAAUUCAUACUGGAGAGAAACUCUACAAAUGUGAAGAAUGUGGCAAAGCUUUUAACCGGUCCUCAAACCUUACUAAACAUAAAAUAGUUCAUACUGGAGAGAAACCCUACAAAUGUGAAGAAUGUGGAAAAGCUUUUAAGCAGUCCUCAAACCUUACUAAUCACAAGAAAAUUCAUACUGGAGAGAAACCUUACAAAUGUGGAGAAUGUGGCAAAGCCUUUACUUUAUCUUCACACCUUACUACACAUAAGAGAAUUCAUACUGGAGAGAAACCCUAUAAAUGUGAAGCAUGUGGCAAAGCUUUUAGUGUAUUCUCAACCCUUACUAAACAUAAGAUAAUUCAUACUGAAGAGAAACCCUAUAAAUGUGAAGAAUGUGGUAAAGCUUUUAACCGGUCCUCACACCUUACUAAUCAUAAGGUAAUUCAUACUGGAGAGAAACCCUACAAAUGUGAAGAAUGUGGUAAAGCCUUUACCAAGUCCUCAACUCUUACUUAUCAUAAGGUAAUUCAUACUGGAAAGAAACCCUACAAAUGUGAAGAAUGUGGUAAAGCCUUUAGUAUAUUCUCAAUCCUUACUAAACAUAAAGUAAUUCAUACUGAAGAGAAACCCUACAAAUGUGAAGAAUGUGGCAAAACUUUUAACUACUCCUCAAAUUUUACUAAUCAUAAAAAAAUUCAUACUGGAGAGAAACCCUAUAAAUGUGAAGAAUGUGGCAAAAGCUUUAUUCUGUCCUCUCACCUUACUACACAUAAGAUAAUUCAUACUGGAGAGAAACCCUACAAAUGUAAAGAAUGUGGCAAAGCUUUUAACCAGUCCUCAACCCUUAUGAAACAUAAGAUAAUUCAUACUGGAGAGAAACCCUACAAAUGUGAAGAAUGUGGCAAAGCCUUUAACCAGUCCCCAAACCUUACUAAACAUAAGAGAAUUCAUACCAAAGAGAAACUCUACAAAUGUAAAUAAUGUGUCAAAUCCUUUAGUGUAUUUUCAACUUUUAUUAAAACACAAGAUAAUACUGGAGAGAAAUCCUACAAAUGUGAUAAAUGUGGCAAAACCUUUAA